AUGUCCGUCCAGACGGUCUCCAUCACCCCUUUCACCGACCAGAAGCCUGGAACCUCCGGCCUCCGCAAGAAGGUCAAGGUCUUUGAGCAGGCUCACUACUCCGAGUCCUUCAUCACCAGCAUUCUCUUGUCUAUCCCCGAGGGUGUUGAGAACUCUUUCCUCGUCAUUGGUGGCGAUGGCCGUUACUACAACCCGGAGGUCAUUUCCAAGAUCGCCAAGAUCAGUGCCGCCUAUGGCGUUAAGAAGCUGCUGGUCGGCCAGAAUGGCAUUAUGAGUACCCCGGCUGCUAGCAACCUGAUCCGCGUGAGAAAGGCUACUGGUGGUAUCCUCCUGACUGCUAGUCACAACCCCGGUGGUCCUGAGAACGACUUUGGUAUCAAGUACAACUUGGCCAACGGUGCUCCCGCCCCUGAGAGCGUCACCGACAAGAUCUUCGCCACCUCCAAGUCCCUGACCUCCUACAAGAUUGCCGACGUCCCAGAUGUCGACACCACCACCAUUGGCACCAAGAGCUACGGCCCCCUCGAGGUUGAGGUCGUGCACUCCACUGCUGACUACGUGACCAUGAUGAAGGAGAUCUUUGAUUUCGAUCUGAUCAAGGAGUUCCUGAGCUCCCACAAGGACUUCAAGGUGCUCUUCGAUGGCAUGCACGGUGUGACUGGUCCCUACGGCGUGGACAUCUUCGUCAAGGAACUCGGUCUGCCCGCCAGCAGCACCAUGAACUGCCAGCCCAAGCCGGACUUUGGUGGCGGUCAUCCCGAUCCCAACCUGGUGUAUGCCCAUGAGCUCGUCGAGGCCGUUAACAACAACGGUGUGCACUUCGGUGCCGCCAGCGAUGGCGACGGUGACCGUAACAUGAUCUACGGUGCCAACACAUUUGUCUCCCCCGGCGACAGCUUGGCCAUCAUUGCCCACCAUGCCAAGCUCAUCCCCUACUUCCAGAAGCAAGGUGUCUACGGACUGGCUCGUUCUAUGCCCACUUCUGGUGCUGUUGACCGCGUGGCCAAGGCCCAGGGCCUGCAGAGCUACGAGGUCCCCACCGGCUGGAAGUUCUUCUGCAACCUCUUCGAUGAGAAGAAGAUGUCUAUCUGUGGCGAGGAGAGCUUCGGAACUGGUAGCAACCACAUCCGUGAGAAGGACGGUCUGUGGGCUGUUGUCGCUUGGUUGAACAUCAUUGCUGGCGUCGCCAAGGAGAAGUCCAACGAGACCCCCAGCAUUGCUUCCAUUCAAAACGAGUUCUGGCAGACCUACGGCCGCACCUUCUUCACUCGCUACGACUACGAGAACGUCGACAGUGAGGGUGCUAACAAGGUCGUCGGUACUUUGUCCGACCUCGUCGCCAACCGUGACACCUUCAUCGGCUCCUCCAUCGGCUCUCGCAAGGUUGUUGACGCCGGUAACUUCUCUUACACCGAUUUGGACGGCAGCGUCUCCAAGAACCAGGGCUUGUAUGCCAAGUUCGACGACGGCAGCCGUAUGGUCGUUCGUCUGUCCGGCACCGGCAGCAGUGGCGCCACCAUCCGUCUCUACGUUGAGCGCUACGAGGCCGACAAGAGCAAGUUCGGUCUCAGUGCCCAGGAAUACUUGGCCGACAACAUCUCACUGGCUCUGUCCCUGCUCAAGUUCAAGGAGUACGUUGGUCGUGAGGAGCCCGAUGUCAAGACCUAA